CGCACCGUCUCCCUCCCGUUUCUGCUGCUCGUCGUCGUCGUUCCUCGCUUCCUCCUCGCCCUUGUCCUCUUCUUCCUCCUCCGAAAUUCCAUUGUGCGUUUGCGAGUUUCAGUUGAUUGAACUUACUUCUACUCCCCUAGGGUUCACUCCAGCUGCAGAAUUGCUCUCUUUUGUUUUCCGCUGGGAAGGAGAGUAUCUCCUCUGCCUAAUCAUUGCUAGGGCUCCAUUUUGGGACUCUGGAGAAGGGGCAACCGACACCUUGCAGCUUAUACCAUUAUGGAAAGAAUAAUCUUAUUGCAUCUUCUUACAGUGUGACCCUUACGCCAAGGAAUAUGGCGAGCGACAUACAAGGCGCCCUGCAGAAUGCUGCUGGUAUCGCCGACCAGAAGCAGAAGAUUGACCAAUACAAGAUUCUUUUGUCGUCCAUCAUGUGUAACAACAAUGUUGCACAUGCUAGGGCAUUCAUUGAUCAUAUGGUUACUGACGAGGUUCCGUUAGUGGCGUCUCGUCUUCUGCUACAAAUCUUUGCACAGGAGCUUAAUAAGUUGGAGCCUGAAGCCCAUAAAGAAAUUGCACUGUAUGCACUGGCUCAGAUUCAGCCCCGGAUGGUGUCUUUUGAAGAACAGGUGUCCAUCAUACGAGAGGGGCUUGCUGAGAUGUAUGAAAAUGAAGAGCAAUGGUCCAAGGCUGCUCAAAUGCUUAGUGGUAUCGAUCUUGAAUCUGGACAAAGGAUGCUAGACGAUGCUUAUAAGUUGGAGAAGUGUGUGAAAAUUGCGUUGUUGUAUCUUGAGGAUGAUGAUGCAAUAAAUGCCGAAAUUUUUAUCAAGAAAGCCUCAUUCUUGGUUAACAAUUGCAAGGACGAAGCUUUGAAUCUUCAGUACAAGGUAUGCUAUGCUCGUAUUCUGGACUCAAAGCGCAAGUUCUUGGAGGCAGCACUUCGUUAUUACGAAUUAUCACAAUUAGAAAAACGGGAAAUUAGUGGUAGGCGAGUAGAUGAAGAUGAAUUGCAGCAAGCACUUAGUGCGGCGGUCACGUGCACCAUUUUGGCUGCAGCAGGACCCCAACGUUCAAGGGUGCUGGCAACUCUUUACAAGGAUGAAAGAUGCUCAAAGCUGAAAAUAUACUCCAUCUUGCAAAAGGUGUACUUGGAGAGGAUCUUGCGAAAACCUGAGGUUGAUGCUUUCGCUGAGGAGCUGAAACCUCACCAGAAAGCACUUUUGCCAGACAAUUCAACUGUGCUGGAUCGGGCCAUGAUCGAACACAAUCUUUUGAGUGCAAGUAAACUGUACACCAAUAUCAGUUUCGAAGAGUUAGGAGCACUGCUUGGUAUUGGCCCUCAAAAGGCUGAGAAGAUUGCCGCCCGGAUGAUCUCCGAGGAUCGUAUGCGUGGCUCGAUCGAUCAAGUCGAAGGAGUCAUUCAUUUUGAGAAUGACAUUGAAGAAUUGCAGCAGUGGGACCAUCAGAUUGUGAGCAUUUGUCAAGCGCUGAAUGAUGUUUUGGAUAGUAUGGUGAAGAAGAGUGUGGCAGUUGCUGUUUAGCUAGUCACCAUUACAAUCGAGGAUUCCUUGCCCAUGAAAUGGUUCAAUUGUGUGGCUAUUGCAAAGCUGUCAGAGACCUCGUUGGCAGUAAUGGAUGUAGUAUGUAUUUCCAAAGUGGAGUAGGUCUUUGGUGUAUUGUUCGAGCUUAUUUUCUAUUCAAAGCUCGAAUAAUAGCUAAAUUUUUGUGUGGAGAGAAUGUUCUUUUCCUUUCCUACUGUCCUGCAAAUUCAUGCAAAUAUUGUUUCCUUCCAUUAUCAAUCCAAUAUGUAAUUUGUCACAAA